AUGUUUACACGAGGGAAUAGAGGUCAAGUUGGGAAUAGGAGUGCCGGUAGGGGCACAAUGGUUCCUUUAGAACCUACCGUUGUAACAUCGGCUGUCGGUGAGGAAGUUGCACGUGAGAUUGUAAGAGCAGUGCAAGAGGCUCUAGGUCGCAAUGAGGGUGACAACAGGCAUACCCUCAAACUUACUAAGGAGUUUCUUCGCUCUAAUCUGCUGGAGUUUUUGGGGAAGGCUACACCGUUAGAGGUGGAGGAUUGGUUGGAACAGAUUACCAAGACUCUUGAUAUGCUCAGAGUCAAACAUGAAGGAUUGAGGGUUUCUUUGGCGACAUUUCAGUUAAGAGGAGAUGCGAGUUAUUGGUGGAAAUAUACUAAGAACAUAGGAGGUAACACAUGGAUUGCUUUCACGGAGGCCUUUUGGGCCAAGUACUUCCGUCCUUCCACUCGGGAGAGAUUGAGGGAACAAUUUGUUGAGUUGUGCCAGGAGGCUACUCCUUUGGCACAGUUUGUGAUGUGGUUCAUUAGUUUGUCAAGGUUUGCUCCAUAG